GAAGUGUUGUUUUGAAGUUUUUUUUUUGUUCAAGAUAUGUAAAUAUUAUACUUGCAAAGAUAUUUAUUCUAUAUGAGUGUUUUUCGUGAUAUUGGAACCUUUGUUCUCGCGUUUUUUAUUUAAUUUUAAGGUUGUUGUCUGUACAAAAAAAAUCAUAUAUGAAUCUACCAUCGAAUCAAGGUCAACAAAUCAAUUAAAGUCAUGUCUCUGAGGGAAUUGGUAGAACCUGACUGUCAGGGUGCUAAUUCCUUGAUGCGGCUCGGUAACCAUAUUCGACAUGAUACCGCAUACAAAGAUGUGGGCUUUGGUCCAAGUACGUCGUCGUUCGUGAACCGACCACAUGAAUUCAAUGGGUCCGAUCAACUGGUCCAAGAAUUCCUUGGACAAAUAGCUCCGCCUCAGUCAUUUCAAAUGGAUGCAUUACUUCAAGAGAUGCGAGAUAUCGAUACACAAUCCUUUCAUAAUCGAAUAGUACAACGGCCUCCACUGGUCAUCGAAGAAGUGAAUAAUGGAUUUGAUUGGGCGAAUGAGUUUUCGACUGUAAAUCAUCAAUUUCCUCCGAAUGUUGACGAAUUUGCUGCUAUUGAAAGUAAACAUUUAAAUGAAUUUUGGAAUCAAAGCGUGCAAAAUAUCCCUACCGUUGUCGGACCAUUAAACAGUAAACCGUGGGAGACUGAAUUUCUCGAUGUUAGUGAAUCGCUGCAGCAAAUGAACAUUGCUGGUAAUGUGCGAUUGAACGAUUCGUCAUUGGGCAGUGAAGAUUCCGAUCAAUUCAAAUAUUCAGAGUUCAUGAGAUUCAUGCAAAAUGUAGAUGACAAUCAGAUUGGAAUUGAAAAUUCGCAAGAGUUAGGUGCUACUGCUAAGGACUGGGUUAGUGACUUCAAUUCACUGAAGAUAUCUCCAGAAGCUGAAGAAGGCGAAAACUACAACAAUCAGUUCUGGAACCGAUUGCAGGACGAAUGGAAAAAUAUUUCCAGUGAAAACGACGAGGCUCAUCCGUGGACAUCAGAGUUUAAUGAAUUUCAUGAUCCAUACAAGGAGUACAUGUUCGAUGAAGAAAACCCAAUGACUGAUAUGGAAAAUGCCUUCGAAAAAGGGAAAUUAUUCUUAGCACAAGGUGACAUUCCCAGUGCUGUUUUAUGUUUUGAAUCUGCUGUGAAACAAGAUCCAAACAAUGCUGAAAUUUGGGCGCUUUUAGGAACAUCACAGGCUGAGAACGAAAAAGAUCCGAACGCUAUAGCCGCAUUGAAACGAUCACUCGAACUAAAUCCCAAUAAUGCGAGUGUCAUGAUGUCAUUAGCAGUUUCGUUCACCAAUGAAAGUUUACAAAUUCAGGCGCUAGAAAUGUUAGUAAAUUGGUUGAAGUGCAACGAAAUGUACCGCCAUCUCAUUCCUUUAUCGAUGAUGUCUUCCAAUGAUGACGGUGCAGCGAGUAUGACUGCCCGUGGACCUGACUUGAAAGAGGUCCAACAACUAUAUCUGAAGGCUGUGCAACAAAAGCAUCCGACCAUUGACCCGGACAUUCAGGAAGCAUUGGGCGUGCUAUUUAAUUUAUCAUCCGAAUAUGACAAAGCGGUAGACUGUUUUAAUGCUGCAUUACACGUGCGCCCGGACAAUGCAAAAACGUGGAAUCGUCUUGGUGCUAGCUUAGCCAAUGGCAAUCGCUCUACGGAAGCUGUCAAUGCAUAUCAACGGGCUUUGGCCAUUGAACCGGGUUUUAUUCGAGCGCGAUACAAUGUUGGGAUUAUUUGCAUCAAUUUGAAAGCCUACAACGAAGCGGCUGAACAUUUUCUGCAAGCACUGAAUAUGCAAGCUGAUUCGUUGACCCGGUCUGGAUUACAUCAAACGAAACCAUCCAAUCAAAUGUCCGAAACAAUUUGGAGUACAUUACGUAUGGCAAUAUCGUUGAUGGGUCGUAUGAAUUUACAGUCGGCUGUGGAUGAUCGUAAUUUGACAGCGUUGAAUGAAGCAUUCAAUUUGAACGAUUCACCGAAGCAGUUCAUUCCGAUGAGAUUUUCAUCGUAAAUAUACAAUUUUGAGGCAAAACACUUUAGCACUGAUGCUAUGCUGUGGUCAUUUCAAAAAUUUGAAAUAAUUCAAUAUUGGGAAGAGAAACUUAUUAAAGGGUGGAUUUUACGUGGUCGGAGCAACUUAACACAGUCCUUCCUCUUGCCUCGCUUCGAUAUCCUAAUUCUUGUUUGAUUCUUCUUUCAUAU